UGGUCUAGAAGAAAGACUUUUGAUUACUAGGACGGUCAGUUUGGGAUCUCUGGGUGAGAAAUGGCCCCCAAAACCAUAAGAAAGGCAAUAGCAGACGCGCUGGAGGACUUAUCAAAAGAUAACUUUGAUAAGUUCUGCCGCCAGCUCUUGGACCGCAGAGAAGAACCCCGGGUCAGAAGAAAUAAGGUGGAGGGUAAAAGCUUUUUAGACAUCGCAGACAUCCUGGUUUCCACUUUUACCGAACGCAGAGCUGUCACCGUUACCACCGAGCUGUUGAAACAGAUUGAUUGCCACUGUGAAGCAGACUCACUCGAGGAUGAUGUAUGUGAAGAAACCCCACCACCCUCACAACCUGGUCCCAGUGACACCUCUUUACAGUUUGUGGAGAAACAUAAAGUGGAGUUGUUUCAGAGAGUGAGCAACAUUGCACCCAUUCUGGAUGAGCUAUUCGACAAAAAUGUCCUCCAACCAGAGAUUUAUGAAACAAUCAGGGCUCUGCCUACCUCUCAGGCGAAGAUGAGAGAAAUCUACCUAUGUUGCCUGAAAGGUGGUGAAGCCUGCAAAAACAUCUUAUAUGAAAUCCUUGAGAGAAAUGAGCCAUAUCUAAUUGCUGACCUCAAGGAAAAGAAGUAAAUGUUGUGGUGAAAUCUACGGAAGCACAUUGCAUUCACAAA